AUGGAGAAACUUUCAAUCAACAACAACAAUAAUAACAGGAGAUACCAGAGCAGGAGAUUUGAUGGUAUUACCAUUAUACGUAUUGUUGUUUUGGUAUUCAUAGUCACUGUAUCGACGUAUUUUGUCAACAGCUACACAUGCAAUCAACCACACCAUAAUCACUCGACCAGACCAAGCCAUUAUUUACCAAUAAAUGGCACUCAUGGGUUGAUGAAUAAUGAUGAUUCAUUGCAUAAUAAAGGUGCUAUUGGUCAUUAUAACACCACAGUGUCCCUUGAAAGAAGAGCUGACGAAAACAACUCAACAACAAACGGGUUAUUCCCUCUGACUUCAUCGUCUACAUUCAUAUUCACUCCAUCUUCAUCGUCUUCUUCUACAUUUCAACAAUCAAGGUCAUCUCCACAAACAACAUCUACAAGCUCAUUUGUUGCUACAACAUCAUCGUUCCAACAAGAAACAUCACAAACUUCAAUUCCUGACACUACUACGGAUUUUUCUUUUAGCUCAUUUUCCGAGGCUCCUACUACAUCAACAACUAGUUCUACAUCAGAAUUUAGUAGUACACCACAGGAAACUAGCAACACAGUGACCAGUACUUCUUCCACGUCAACAUCAUCAUCGUCGUCACCUACAUCAAGUCCUGCAACAACAUCGGCUUCUCAACAUGUUACUACAUUCAGUUCUGUUGAUAAUGGGAAGACUAUUGUUGUGACGAGAACUUCUGUCAUCUCGAGUCUGCCAACUGCCUCUAACAGCAACAACAAUAAGAACAAUGAUAACGGAGGAGGAUUAUCCCAUACAAACAGAAUAGUUGUUGGUGUAGUUGUUGGGGUUGGUGGUUCUAUAUUAAUUGGUUUGUUGGCCGUUUUAUUUUACUUGAGAAAGAGAAACAACCGUGAUUAUGAAGGUGGAUGGACUUUCUGGAGAAAGAAUGAGAAAUUGGGAAGUGAUGAGUUCUUCAAUGGUGAAUUGGGUGUCAGAGACAGAAAUAUUAAUCAAGGAUCAAAUUUUUAA